AUGGGGUGUUGUGUAAGCACAAAAAAACACCCUCCAUCUUCUAAACUCCACCAACAUCCACCACAACCAAUCAUCAGAACACCACCACCACCGGUGGUCGACGUAGAAACCGUAAAAGAAGUUUAUUCCGAAACUCCAAAUCUCAUAAAACCAGAAUUAGAUGACCCCAAAACAUACUCAAUAUCCCGACACAACUCUUACAAAUAUCAUACUCUUGAAUACCCAUACAUCUCGGAGAUCGCUAGUACGAUGAACGACAACAUCUCCACCACAUCUUUCGACGACGACGUUAAUGACGUGUACCGCCGGAAAGUUGUUAAUAAAUCGCCGUCCAAGUCAACGAACCGGAGUCAGCUAUCUGGAGAGCUUCCGCAUGUUCGAAAAUCGCCGGUUAGAGGGAAAGAACAAGUACAGUCUCCGGGUCGGGUCAAGUUGGUUCCGCAAACCGGGUUUGGGGCUAGUGACCGCCGGAGUCCGGCUCGUUCGAGGUCUCCGGCAAAACGUACGGCGGUGAGAGGUGGUGGUGGUGGUGGUGGGAGGAGUGAGAUUGGACGAAGUUUGUCGGGUAGGAUGACCGGGAAGUCUCCGGGUCGGGUUGGGUCCGAUUUGCAUGAGAGGGUCCGGAAACCCGAAUUGCGAUCGGGUCGGGGGAGUGAUAGAUUUACGAGUGUUGCAAAUAAGAAUGAAUCACUUGAUAAUCCACUUGUAUCGUUGGAGUGUUUUAUUUUUCUUUAG